UGAACCACAUUUUUGAGUAAUUGUAGUUCUGUAACAGGCAUUUCUCAUUAAGGGAAGAUUUGUUGUAUUUAAACUGCUAACUGUGUGAAUUAAUUGAUAGUUUGUACAACUGCACCUUCAGAGUAGGCCGAUCUAGCUUCCCCAACACUGUCCAUAAUAUAAAAGCUAGUCCUUCAAGACUGCAUACGCUGACUAUUGAACAUUACGGACUGGGAUAAAAACGGUUAAACAAAUUAAAUGAAUCUAGCUGGUGGAAAUACUCUCACUGAACAACCAGCAUUCUGUUAUCAGGAACACUUUAUUUUAAAUGAUAGGAAAACAAAAGUAUGGCACUGAUAGUGUAAAAGACAUUAUUAACGUUUUUACAUUUUAUUAGCAUCAACGGAAAGCCACAGUUCACUGCCGAACUCCCUGUGACGUAACAAUACAUAGGACCCGCGAAUUCCUUAUUUUUUUUUAAUGCGAUUAUUUUCCAUUCAUAAACAACUGCGAAUUUAGGAAGAAAAAGCUGACGUCACAGAUGUAUAAGUUGUAUUAAUUCCAAGUUUUCAAGUUUAGUUGUUCAGAGCAACUUACUUCUUAUCAGCAUUCAUUACUUAUCCGCAUUGUUUACGAAUUUGUAGCCUAUUGAAUAUUAUUGAAAACCGUUCUUUAUCAUGGGUCAGGGCUGUCGCAAGCACCGUCGAGUACACUUUCAGAAUGACCUGGACGACGCAAAACCACCGUCUAAAGACGCAGCGGUCAUCUUCCUUGUCGCUUCUGAGAAAAGCAAACUGAGCUCAGCCAAACCGGCGCCUUCAGCACCCAGGCUACAGAGGAAGAAGUUUCGGACCAGGAGAAGAGCUUACGUCGUCAAAACCCCCGAGGGGAAGAACCAGCACCCCAUCCUGGUUAAGCCAAAUGAGUGCCAAGUCUCUUCUCAGGACACAGACCACCGCCAGCCUGUCUGCCGAGUGGCUACGCCCAUCGCCGGCUCCAGUCGCCGUAUAUUGCUGAGCUCCGUCUCCACCAGGGACUCCAUCCCAACACCCUGCGAAAUCAUUGUCUUCAGAAAGAAACUGGCCAGCGACAAGGUCGUGUCCAUCAUUGACGACAUCCCAGAGCCCAAGAGAAUCUUUGUAGUCAGCAAAGAGGUGGACAGCACUCCUGGUCAUGGUAUCAUGGCCAAGAACAUCUGCGAUGGCAAGGUGCAACUGGAGAGCAACAGUUCGGCCGUUCCGGGAAGUAGUUUGCCCAGCACUUUCCAAGGCCGGUCAGAGAACGAAACCUUGCGUCGGCGUCAGGGAGCCAAAUCAGUGGGCAAAUCUGCAUAUAUCACAAAGAUGGAGGCUGAAAUGGAGGAUUUCGAGGAACACAUCUGUCUCUCUGACCAUUCAGCAAGCAGUAAUUUGCCUCGCACUUUCGAAGACCAGUCAGAGAACCGAGCCUUGCCUCGGCGCCAGGGAGCCAAAUCAAUGCGCAGACCUGCAUACAUCACAAAGAUGGAGGCUCAAAUGGAGGAUUUCGAGGAACACAUCUGUCUCUCUGACCAAUCAGCAAGCAGUAAUUUGCCUCGCACUUUCGAAGACCAGUCAGAGAACCGAGCCUUGCCUCGGCGCCAGGGAGCCAAAUCAAUGGGCAGACCUGCAUACAUCACAAAGAUGGAGGCUCAAAUGGUGUCCAAGGAUUUCCAGGACCGCACCUGUCUCUCUGACCAAUCAGCAAGCGGUAAUUUGCCUCACACUUUCGAAGACCAGUCAGAGAACCGAGCCUUGCCUCGGCGCCAGGGAGCCAAAUCAAUGGGCAGAUCUGCAUACAUCACAAAGAUGGAGGCUCAAAUGGAGGAUUUCGAGGAACACAUCUGUCUCUCUGACCAAUCAGCAAGCAGUAAUUUGCCUCGCACUUUCGAAGACCAGUCAGAGAACCGAGCCUUGCCUCGGCGCCAGGGAGCCAAAUCAAUGCGCAGACCUGCAUACAUCACAAAGAUGGAGGCUCAAAUGGAGGAUUUCGAGGAACACAUCUGUCUCUCUGACCAAUCAGCAAGCAGUAAUUUGCCUCGCAGUUUCGAAGACCGGUCAGAGAACCGAGCCUUGCCUCGGCGCCAGGGAGCCAAAUCAAUGGGCAGACCUGCAUACAUCACAAAGAUGGAGGCUCAAAUGGAGGAUUUCGAGGAACACAUCUGUCUCUCUGACCAAUCAGCAAGCAGUAAUUUGCCUCGCACUUUCGAAGACCGGUCAGAGAACCGAGCCUUGCCUCGGCGCCAGGGAGCCAAAUCAAUGGGCAGACCUGCAUACAUCACAAAGAUGGAGGCUCAAAUGGAGGAUUUCGAGGAACACAUCUGUCUCUCUGACCAAUCAGCAAGCAGUAAUUUGCCUCGCACUUUCGAAGACCGGUCAGAGAACCGAGCCUUGCCUCGGCGCCAGGGAGCCAAAUCAAUGGGCAGACCUGCAUACAUCACAAAGAUGGAGGCUGAAAUGGAGGAUUUCGAGGAACACAUCUGUCUCUCUGACCAUUCAGCAAGCAGAAGUUUGCCUCGCACUUUCCAAGGCCAGUCAGAGAACCAAACCUUGCCUCGGCGCCAGGGAGCCAAAUCAAUGGGCAGAUCUGCAUACAUCACAAAGAUGGAGGCUCAAAUGGAGUCCAAGGAUUUCCAGGACCGCACCUGUCUCUCUGACCAAUCAGCAAGCGGUAAUCUGUCUUGCACUUUCCAAGACCAGUCAGAGAACCGAGCCUUGCCUCGGGUUCAGGGAGCCAAGGUAGUGGGCAAAUCUGCAUAUAUCACAAAGAUGGAGGCCCAGAUGGGGUCCAAGGAUUACCAGGACCGCAUCCAAGCCAUCGACCAGAUAGUCGAAAGCUGCUGCCUGAAUCCUGCCAUGGUCACAGCCUGCAUAUUCCCAGUUUUUGACAACAUCAGGGGCAGGCUUGUGGAGUCCAACAGAAUUAUCAACUUGCACAUGCUGAAGGCACUGGAUGCGAUCAUCCCCCAGGUGAAGGAGAGCUUGCCCAAGGUGGCCAAUAUCGUGAUCCCUGCAAUUGUGGACAACCACUUCAACUCCAGGAACCCAGCCAUCUCCAGUGCUGCCCUGGCCGCCAUGCAUGCCCUCGUGCAAAAUCUAGAUAACACCAUAAUGGUGGAGAUUUUGGCCACCAAGGCCCAGCUAAUUGGUGGACAGGCUAAGUUGGACCUCACUCAUACCGUGGCAGACAUGGUGGAGGAGGCGUACUCCCGGAAGCCCAAGAUGGUGGAAAAGGAAGUGCUUCCCCUGCUGUGGCACAUGCUGGCCGUCAGCAGUAACAGCGCCGCCACGGGCGCCUUGCUCAGCGCACUGCACAGCCAGAUGGGGACCAAGCUGAGGACGCACGCCGCGUCACAGCCCUUCACUAUCACCAAGUGCCUGGACCACUUCCUCCGUACCGUCUGAUGGACCCCGACCUGCCCGCAAGCUGCACGCCGGAAUUCAGAGUGUGCCAUAGGCCGCCACUGCAAGUUCUGCCGAACCGCGAUGCGUUUGCGCAAUUUGUUCUCAAGUCGGCAAGCAUUCAGCAAGAUAAUCCAGUAAUUUUACUGACGUUUAACCAGCCAGUUAGCUAGACGUCACGGUCACUCAGCUACUUAUCUGCUUGACUGGGCUGUCUGGCUGGCUGCCUGGUAGACUGAACUGUCCUGAUACAU